CUGGUAAUUUGUUCAUGUACGAACAAUGAAAUGACGUGACACAUACAUAAUGAUAUGCAUUACAGCAUGCAAAAAGUAUUAUUCACUUCAAGCUUUUGGCACUUAUGAAUUUGGAGGCGUCAUGGUAAAAACUUGUCGCUCGUACGAAACAGGUAUAACGUAUUCAAAACACUUGUGGAUGUUGAAAGCAAAGUUGAUGACUUGGUGCCUUAAUUGGAGUAGACAACAAGUAUCGUUAUUUUUCAUCUUACUACCGAAAGACGCAUCAUUUUACUGCCAACGUAUAUUAAUUGAUGUGCUAAUAAACAAUCAAGAUCUUCAACAUCUUUGAAUACACUGAAAAAUAAGUGGAGGCUAUGUCUUCAAGAAACUUAUUGAAAACAUAGAAAAGUACUGCAAAAACAGUGAUCAAAUGUUAGCAUGUAUACCUUAUAUAUUUGCAUAUAUACAAAUAUUUGUCACCGUAUAAGGACUCAAGUGAAUUUAUUCCACUGGAGAGUCUUCCGGCAGUUUCGGCCUUGAAAGGGUUAAACACCCGGUCGUUCGUGAAAAUAUGUUGAACCAGACACUUCCUGGAGAAGUCAUUCGCUGUAAUAUUUUUACUGUUGAUGGUUCCAGAAUUCUUCAAAACUCGUCGAAUGAGAAAUUUGAAAUAAUUGUUUAGUAUAAAGAAUUUGGAAUCAAAAUGAAAAAUAGACGAUAAAUUUUGAAGCUAAAUUUCGUACGUGAUCACAACAAAGAAUGUGCAGCAAGACACAGCGAUCGAAAGCAAUUUUAAAGAAAUUUCAAAGCAAAAUGCAAGAGCCAUAAAACCGAAAGUUGCUACCAUGAAUAUGACAGAAACUAAAACCAAACCAUUACCUAAACCUCGAUAUCGUAACAAAUCUUCACCAUCAAGUCUGCCUCAUUCAACCAACCAACCACCCAUUUCCUCAUCUGCCCAUGUUCAAAAACCACCCUUAAAACCAAAACCUGCGAAAUAUAAACAACUCAAAUUUAACAACAAAGGUUUGGUUAGUAUCACUGCUGAUAUACAUAUAGACGUUGAGUCUCCCUCAAAUUCUGAGAAAAGCAAGAAUACUGGUGCUGCUGAAAUCAAUUGCCCUUCGGUCAACGCACAGAGUAUGCGCACGUCAUCUCAAAAUGGGUCAAAAAAUAGCGAAAAUAAAGUUAUUUCAUCGCUCGGUGGAAAAAACAACGUAUCUCAGCCGCAAACACAUACGGAAGCAAUUAAUAAACUGCCACCAAAGCCUCCAAGACUUCCUCCAAACGACUCGCGACUGGAUGUUAAUGACAAUGAAGAAAAAAAGAGCCGAGAUGGAGAUAUUUUGUCUUUUAAAACAAACAUAGUCCAGAAAAACAUACCGGCCUUACCUCGUAAACCAAAUUUCCUACGAAAGUCCAUCGACAAUUCAAAAAUCACCAGCCAGUUUUACGUGGAGUCUGCCCAAAACGAAAGCUUCAAUACAGAAAGCGAAUUAACUAUCGACGAACAGAAAAAACCAGACAUUCCUGCUUCGUUGACCACAUGGAAAUCCAAAGAUAAAGAUGACUAUGACGUGACACGUGACAUCGAGUCAGAGAAGUCACCUGACCAGGUGACAUCAUCAACAAAUAUGACGUCGAGUAAGCAUGUAAAACUUGUAAAAAGAACUAACAGCAGUGCCGGAGAAACUCCACCAUUGCCACGUAAACCUGUUUCUAGGCCACCAUUACCAAAUUCCAACAAACAUUCACAGAACAAUGUAAAAAUAGAUACAAAAAAUGGAAAUGGCCACAGUGUUGGGUGUCAUGAGGCAUUACCGUACAGCUCAUCAAAAAUAUCCUCCCUGUCACCUAAUAAAGAUACAAAUGACAAUUCAUUAAUUACAAAGGUAGAUGCACAACAUAAUCAAGCAGUACUCAACUCUUCGCUAGAAGGGAAUGAGGUGAGCAAAUGGAAUCAAGGCGAAAAAUCUUCUGUCGAUGAAAUGGAGAAAAGUAUGGUUAUAAAAAACAACAAACCUAGAAGACCUCCUCCUGGUCCACCUCCUCGACCUUUAAUAGAUAGGUCUCCACCGUCAAGGCCGCUACCAAGUCUUCCAAAACAACCAUCAUUAGGAAGUAAACGGUCAAGUGCCCCCCCACCUUUACCAAAUAGUCAUCGUCCGGUUUCCGUUUUCAAUGUCAGUGCCGAUGUGAUGGUAUCUAUUCGACGAACAGUUUCCUCACAAGAUAUUGCUGGUGAUGACAGCGAUGACGAUACAGUGUACUGCGAAACUGACGAUUUUAUAACAACUCCGAAACCUGCCGUUUCAGCUAACGUAACGGGCGAAGUUGACCAGAGUGACUACGAACAAGUGGAUUAUAAAUUUGAGGAAGAAUUAAUGGAUAGUGGCAGCCAAAUUGCUCAAAUGAAGUCAAAUCAGAAAAACAAGACUGAUCUUGAACAAGUUGAAAAAACAAAGAAAUCAGAAAGAGUCGCGUCUACUACGUAUUCUUCUAGCUCAGAUGAUUCCGAGCAUGAAUAUGUUGAGCCAAUCUUUCAACGGUCAGCGGCACAUUUGAGUACAGUGACCCCUUCGCCGACGAGUACUUCAAGUUCACAAGGCUCGAAUAUUUACGUUGAAGCAGUUCCUGUGUCUGAGGAGGUGAUGAAAAACGAUUCGAGUAGCACAAACACAAAAGAAGAUCAAUUCAAGCCCUGGUCAGAGGAAAAGGUGAUUGAAUGGGACUAUGAGGGUGAAAGUGACGACUCAGUGGCAAGUUAUGACGAACCUGACGAUGAUUUUGACGACGACGAUUUUGAAGAUUUUGAAGGGGAGCCUUUGUAUCAAGUUUAUCAAGCAGUAGCGCUGAAGAAAGAACGAACAUUGAGCUUGAAACGCCCAAAAAGAAAAUCAAGUGAGCAGACGUACACAUUAGGUCAUGGAACACUGCGAGGUGGUAAAAUGCUGUGGUCACAAUUACCAGAUGUACGAAACAGUGGCUUGUUGGAGAACAUGACAAUUGAACAACGAAAAUACCAAGAGGCCGUAUUUGAAGUGUUGUCAUCUGAGGUUUCUUACUUGAAAAGUUUGAAACUCCUCGUUGAACAUUUUCUUCAAUCACCACUAUUUUCAAUCGAUUCUGAUGAUUCCAUCAUGAACGAGUUUCAAGUUUCGGAACUCAUCUCCAAUAUCUAUGAAAUUGUUAAAGUCAGCGAAAGAUUUCUUGGCGAGUUACGUUCACGUCAGAGAGAGUCCGUUGUUAUUGACAGCAUUAGCGAUAUUGUAACAGAUCAUGCAAAUAAUCAUUUCGAUGCCUAUGUAACAUACUGCUCCAAGCAGUAUAAACAAGACAGAGCAUUGACUGAUUUAAAGCAAACAAACUGGAGAUUUGCAGAAGCUUUGUCAAAGUUAGAAAGAGAUCCAUGUGUUUUGGGUCUAACUCUACAAUCAUUUCUUGUGCUUCCAAUGCAGAGGGUGACGCGCUAUCCUUUGUUAGUAGAUGCCAUUGUACGUCGCUGUGAACCUGGUCACAAGGAGUAUUACAAAACGGAUACUGCUUUAAAAGCUGUGAAUCAGGUUGUGCACAAGUGUAAUGAAGGUGCCAGAAAGGAAGAAAGAAAGGACGAGAUGAUAGAAAUUAGCAAAAUUAUUGCGUUUAUAAGAAUUAGUCCAAUACGAGUAAUUGUUGAUGAUCGCUGGCUAUUACGUCGUGGUCCCUUACAGCUUUUGGAGGAUGAAAAGAAAUCAACUUUUUCCAAUACCUUGCGUGGAAGAUUUAAGAAAUACCGUGUCAAACCAAUCUAUCUUUUCCUGUUCAAUGAUCUCCUUAUAGUAACGAAGAAGAAGACAGACGAACUAUACAGCGUCAUCGAUUAUGCCAAAAGAAGCAUGAUUCGUGUACAAGAAAGCACCUCGAAAGCAACUAAUGCAUUUUUGCUGGUACUCCUGGAGAAUUUAGAAAGGAAAACGAAGGAACUGAGUGUACGAGCGGACAACGAGACAGAUUUGACACGUUGGAAAGAAGCGUUUAAUCCCCCAUCAACAUCAAAUGAUGACGAGACGAUAUACGGAUCAUGGGAUUGCCCUCAGGUGAAUGUCAUUCAUAAUUAUCAAGCCCAGCAAUCAGAUGAACUUAGUCUUGUCCCUGGUGAUGUUGUGAACGUUCUAAGAAAGUUAACUGAUGGUUGGUAUGAAGGUGAGCGCAUUCGUGAUGGCGUGUGUGGCUGGUUUCCCGCCAAUCAUACAGAGGAAAUACGUAACGAACACGUGCGUGCUAGAAAUCUCCAUCAAAGAUAUCGAUUAUUGGCUGCCUCUACAGCGUUUCUCGACACCAAGAAGAGGUGACAACAGUACAGAUACCAUACUGAGGUCAGUGUGUCACCUCACUGCAAUUUUCACUUUUAUUUUUUCUUUCUUUUACUUUUAUCAAUAACAAAUUCGGAAAUUCCUAUGACACUAAAUCAUUUUAAGAAUUACUUUUUAAUAUAUUUGUAUAUAUGAUUAUGACAUACUUUAGUAAUUUUUUAUGAUUUGCGCAGUAAAUUUUCCAUUAUUAAUUUAAAACGCUUUUGUUUACUUUAAUAUAGCUACAUAUGUAUUUUUUUAAUGCCAAAAUUUUUACCACGUAUAAUGUAUUAUUUCUUAAUUUAAACAAUAAAAUCAAAAUGGUAACUUGUAA